AGAAAAAAGUUCGAACGCAUACACCGCGAUAAUCUGCUGGUGGUUGCAUUCUUCUUUCAACCAACGACAGUUUCUGCAAUCGAUUGGAAGAUCGCCAAUCGCCAAAGAAAUAUUCCAAAAUGGGUCGCUUAAGAAAGAAGGGCCAGGCCGGUGCCGCAAAGAACUACAUCACUCGAUCGCAAGCUGUGAGGAAACUCCAGAUCACCCUUCCCGACUUUCGAAGGCUAUGCAUCUGGAAGGGAAUCUUCCCUCGCGAGCCGAACAACAGGAAAAAGGCCAACAAGAGCUCGACUGCUUCAACCACCUUCUACUACGCCAAGGAUAUCCAGUAUCUGCUUCAUGAGCCCUUACUGCAGAAGUUUCGAGACCAGAAGGUCCUCGAGAAGAAGAUAUCCAGAGCUUUGGGCCGAGGAGACGUUGGCGACGCAUCAAGACUCGAGCGCAAUGCCGCGCGACCCGAGAAGACGGGCAGACCUCCAUACACCCUCGAUCAUCUGAUCCGGGAACGAUACCCAACCUUCGUGGAUGCAUUGAGGGAUCUCGAUGAUGCCUUGUCCAUGCUCUUCCUCUUCGCCAACCUCCCCUCCACAUCUUCCGUGCCCGCCAAGAUGAUUGCCAAGUGUGAGCGCCUGUGUCUCGAGUUCCAGCACUACUUGAUCGUGUCGAAGAGCUUGCGCAAAUCAUUCCUGUCCAUCAAGGGCAUAUACUACCAAGCCACGAUCCAAGGAGAGGAUAUCCUGUGGCUCGUCCCUUACAAGUUCAACCAGAGAGUUGUGGGUGAUAUUGACUUCAGAAUCAUGGGUACCUUUGUGCAAUUCUACAUGACUCUGCUCAAAUUCGUCAACUUCAGACUCUACAACUCGGUUGGCCUUGUGUACCCGCCCAAGUUUGACCAGACCAGGGAUGAAUCGGCGGCGGAGCUGGCGGCUUUCACUCUCGAGGGCACACAUACAGUCAUGACAGACACCCCGAAACAGCUGACGAGUGGCGAGUCGGACCAAGCGCCAGAUCCAGCGACGCAAGAAGCGGUGAACAAGCUGAUCAAGAAGAUGAAAGAGACCGACGUGGACGGAGAGGAUAAGGCUGGGACGGCGGAUGAUGCGGACAAGGAGGAUGAGCCCACAGAUGCCAUCGACAAAUUCGAACCCAGUGCUCCCGGCGGUGAUAUUCUACCGCAACCCACCGAUACGGGAAGUGAUACCGGGACUCUGUUCGCAAAUUGCACCUUCUUCCUUAACCGCGAAACGCCAAGACAACCGUUGGAGUUCAUUCUGCGAGCGUUCGGAUGCAAGCGGAUUGGCUGGGACGCUGUCCUGGGUGACGGUGCAUACACCACAAAUGAGCAAGAUCCUUCCAUCACCCACCAAAUUGUGGACCGUCCCAUUAUUCAGGCAGCUAUGGAAGAAGAUGGCAACGCAGAAGACAACCAGACCUCCCAAAAACUGGCAUCCAAUCAAAGAAUACCUGGUCGUAUUUACGUCCAGCCUCAAUGGGUUUGGGAUAGUGCCAAUGACGAGGAGUUGAAGCGACCCGAUCUAUAUGCUCCCGGCGCCCAAUUACCGCCUCAUCUGAGUCCAUUCGUCCAGAAUGUGCACGGUGGCUACGAUCCGACGAUCCCUCUUGAGGACCAAGAACCUGAGGGAGAGGCUUUGGAGGACAGCGAAGAGGAAGAAGACGAGGAGGAGGAAGGUGAAGAUGAUAACAGCCUUGCCGUCAAGAAGGUCGAAACACCUGUCAAUGACAUGGACGUAGCUGAGACGGACGAGGAGGAGGUUGAUGAUGAUGAUGAUGAAGAACCUGGUCCCUUCGGUGGCUUCUCGGAAGGCGAGGACGAUAUGGAAGAUGACGAUGAAGAAAAGGAGGAGGACGAGGAAGACGCUGAACUAGCGUACCAACGUGACCUCAUCGCUGAAUUGACUGGACAACCUGCCUCGCAGAAGGCUUCAGAAAACCCGCGGUCCAAGGCCAAGGCUGAGGCAAGGAAGAAGCUGUCGGCGCAAGCCAAAGAUGAAGCAGAAGAAAUGGAACGAGCUCGGGGUAUGCUGAGCAAGAAGAAGAGGAAGCUGUUUGACCAGAUGAUGUACACCAACAACAAGAAGAGUGCCGAGGAUGAGAAGCUGCGGGCUAAGAGGAGAAAGCUGGAGAAACAAAAGGCUAGGAAGCCCGUAGCAUAGUAGAAUUGAGGUCGAGAUAUAGAGGCAUGUGUAUUGCCUGAUACCACUGGUUUGCUGUUAUUCAAGUUGCGCCUUCGUCGAUUUGGAUCCUGCGCCGCCAUUCAUGGUCUAGAUUGACUUUUUCCUGAAACUCAGUUCCAAUAAAAUCGACUUGAUUGUAUCUGCCUCAUCGUAGAGAUUUCCAGGUGUCUGGCCGUAGCUGUGGUCGAAUUUGAACUGCGUCCAAUCUAACACAGUCGGGUGUCUACAGGGUUUUAUUCCAGGGAGGGAGAGUCCACUAAAAAUUACCAACCAACGCAGA